AUAAAAUUUACACAAAGUCAUGAACUUAUAAUUUACAGCUGUAGAACCUUAUACUCUCAAUUUGUGAGAAGACGUCAUGCAAUUUCAGAAAUACGGAAGCCAGAAAUGUCAUUAUUCAACUAGCAACACCAUUAUACAUGUACUCAAUUUGAAAGUUAUAGGUUUAAUUUCUCUUGUGUGUAUCGUUUUCUGUGCAAUAUCAUAUACGAUGAUGUAUACAACUACUAUAUCAAGAAGGCUUGGUGGUGGAGUAUUAGUCAGAAAGAGCAAAGAUUUCACAACAAACAAUAGCUGGAUAUUUACGGAAAGUAAUAAGACCCACAACAUAAAAUCACAUAGAAAUUCAGUGGAUAUCAUUAGUACGACUUUAAAACCUGAAAAAGCUGAUGGAAUUCACGGUGUAGAUAUACGAAUUUUGUGCUGGAUAAUGACUUGUCCCAAUAACUUACACAUCUUUGCUAUCCACGUCAAAAAUACUUGGGGAAAACGCUGUGAUAUAUUGCUAUUUAUGAGUUCUAAACCAGAUAAGGAUUUUCCAGCGAUAGGUCUUCGUACACAAGAGGGGCAUAAUCACUUGACUGAUAAAUCCAUGCAAGCAUGGAGGCAUGUGUUUGAACACUACAGAGAUAAAGCCGAUUGGUUCUUUAAGGCAGACGAUGACACGUAUGUUAUUGUAGAAAACCUGAAAUAUUUAUUAAAAGAUUAUAAUACAAGUGAACCUAUUUUCUUUGGACAACACUUUGUUAAACCUGAUACAAAACAAUCAUUCAACACAGGAGGACCGGGCUACGUUUUGAGUAAAGAGGCAUUAAUAAAACUGGGAACAAGAGGAAACAACAUUGAAGAAUGUAAACAAGAUGGGGAGUUUGAAGAUGUUGAUGUUUCUAAAUGCCUACUUAAAUUCGGUGUAAAAAUUGGAAAUACCUUAGAUGAACAACAUCGUACUAGAUUUCAUCAUUUGACUAUAGACAAAUACUUGUUUGGGACUUAUCCUUCUUGGUAUUAUGAAUACAACACGAAGACGCUGAGUAAGGGCCCAGACAGUAUGAGUGAUUAUGUAAUAUCAUUUCACUAUGUUAAACCAGAGUUGAUGCAUAUCAUAGAUUUUUUCAUAUAUCAUCUGAAACUUUACAACAUCCACUCGAGCUGAUAUUAUAUAAGACCAUACCUACAACGUUGUCGUUAUUCCGUUCAGUUUUAUGAACUUUUACAUAAUAUAUAAUUAUAGGAAGCAUACCAUAUAUAUAUAGCAGCAUUUUUAUGGACUUUUUUUUAGAUUGGUGAAAACUUUAUCAAUUAAAAAUCUCUUGUGUAACUGUAUACCUCAAUAAUUGCAUUCAUUGUCUGUUUUUAUUUAUAGUUUUUACUUUUAUUUGUUUUGUACUAUUUUUAUGCUGACAUGUUGUUAUUAAAAAGUUGACCUUC